AUGGAGAAGCUCUUUCCACGGCGGACUUCCGCAGCCGACUCCCACCGGCGACAUUUUCGACAACGUGUACGACCAACAGCACAAAGUUCACAAGCUCAGUGGCGGACGAGUUCCGCCGCUGACAGUCAACAGUGCCUUUCCCGUCACCAUUGUCGCCGCCAUUUUCGCCGCGGACUAUCACUGGCAAUACUUCUGACACCAUACGUGCCCAACAGAAGGUCGGAAUUUCGUCAUUCUUACUAUGUCAAGAGGGCCGUCAACGCCGACGAGCUUGCACCUAACGGCCGGUGCCGCCGCGGCUCCAAAAACCAACGUCACUUUUGCCCGACUCCGCCGCACAAAACACAACACGCAGUUCGAUCCAUAUACUCCCGACUCUGCCACCAUUUAUUAUGCCGGACAAACCUCCGUCGCGCACACAUACACACCACUGCGGCUGGUCGCGGCGGGGGAGAUGAAAAUCGCGUCGGUUGUGCCAGAGCCACGGCUUUCCAACCACCGGUGCUGCCGCUGCCCGCCGCCGGUGCUGCCCGACUCGUUUACUCCGGCAAAGCCGCGCUAGUGGGGGUGUCGUCGGUUUGUUGCAGCCUCGUUGCUCCGCCGACGGCCGCGAUGUGGCUGAAGUACCGACCAUGA